UGAAAAGUUAGGUGGGGGUUUACAUGUAGGAUCGGGGAAAAUGUAUAUAAACCCGCCAAAUCCCCAUGAUUUUCAAUUGUGGAAAAAAUGGUGGACAAGAAGAAAUUGUACACCCAUCUUUGUGAUCCUAGCGUGGUGCAAAUAAACAGACUUCCCGCAAGAAGUUAUUACUUACCAGAUGAAAAACUCACUUUGAACGGAACAUGGAGCAUCACCUAUAGCGACUCACCUUUAACUGCACCAGUUCCUGGAGAUGAUUCCCCCAUUGAUGGGACUUUGCAGGUUCCUGGUCAUUGGCAGCUUCAGGGGUAUGACCUGCCCAUCUACACAAAUGUGCAAUAUCCUUUUAAUGUAGAUGUUCCUUAUCCCCCUGCACGCAACCCCACAGUGUGCUAUAUGAGACAAUUUUCGGUACCUGCUGGAUGGUCCUCUGACCGUUUCAGGCUCAGGUUUGAAGGGGUAGACAAUUCUUAUCACCUCUUUUUCAACGGGAAAUUUGUCGGUUUUAAUGAGGGGAGUCGCAAUAGUGCCGAAUUCGAUGUCACUGACUUGGUCCAACCUCACAAUUCGAUUUUUGUGAGGGUGUAUCAGUGGUCCAACUCCAGCUAUAUCGAAGAUCAGGACCAAUGGUGGUUGAGCGGGAUCUUUAGAGACGUAUGGUUCUUAGGAUUUAACAGUGCAGGUUUCAUUCAAGAUUUUGUCGUUGUCACCGACUUCGAUGAUACUUAUACAGACUCAAAUUUGAAGUUAAAAGUCGAUGUGGAAGCCUCUGAUUUGAGUGCGGUAGAUAUUCAGGUUGAUAUUUACAAUGUACUGGAGUCUUCUAAACUGAAAAAGGGUCCGCAAGAACUAGUUUCUAAGAAGUACCCUUUGGCUGCAAAUUUAAUUGAGGCUGAGAUUGCCAUUUCCGCACCCCACAAAUGGACAGCUGAAGACCCAUAUUUGUAUCGGUUACAGUUGAGUGUGGUCAAUAAGAAGGGCAUUACUAUCAGUAAGUUAUCUCAACAGUUGGGGUUCAGAAAAGUCGAAUUGGACCAAGGGCUCAUCAAGGUCAAUGGGAAAGAUAUUUUAAUUCGGGGGGUUAAUAGACACGAGCACCAUCCCGAGUAUGGUAGAGCCGUUCCCCAUGACUUUGUGGUGAGGGACAUGAAGUUAAUGAAAGAGCAUAACAUUAAUGCCAUAAGAACAUCCCAUUAUCCUAACGACCCCAAGUUUUACGAACUUGCUAAUGAGCUUGGGUUCUGGGUUCUCGACGAAGCGGAUUUGGAAUGCCAUGGGUUUUUUGAAGCAGUUAGAAGACCAAUUAAUGGCUCUGAUGACGUCGAGUACCGGAAUGGGAAACUCGAAUUGUUUGACAAGGCGAAGGAUUUCACUUCUAAUAAUCCUGAUUGGGAAGCUGCUUAUGUGGAUAGAGCUAACCAGUUAGUUUCCCGAGAUGUAAAUCAACCGUGUAUCAUUAUCUGGUCUUUGGGAAAUGAAGCAUUCUUCGGUAAAAAUCAUGUUUCCAUGGCCAAAGAAAUUAGACGGUUGGAUACAACCAGGCUACUUCACUACGAGCCAGACUUUGAUGCUGAAGUUACAGAUAUGUACAGUAGAAUGUACCCGUCUUUGGAAACCAUGGUUCGUGAGUUUGGUACCAAAACUGAUAAACCGUUAAUUCUUUGUGAGUAUGGCCAUGCUAUGGGUAACGGCCCAGGAUUGUUGAGACAGUACGAAGAUUUGUUCCAUAAGCAUAAGAACUUCCAAGGUGGUUUUAUAUGGGAGUGGAAUAAUCACGGGAUCUUGGCUGAUAUUGAUGGGAUUCCUACUUACUGUUACGGAGGUGAUUUCAAAGAACCUAUUCAUGAUGGUGUUUUUUGCAUGGAUGGCCUAACCAAUUCAGUACAUGAUCCUACUCCAGGUUUGAUUGAAUAUAAGAAAGUUCUUGAACCAAUCAUCGUCAAUUUCAAAGACGAAACCAUCAUUCUCAAAAAUGAUUUCGACUUUAUUGAUUUGUCUAAUUAUGCUUGCAGUUAUUCAUUGAUUCACUACGAAGGGGUAAAAAAAGAAGUUUUGCAGGAAGGAACUUUGGUGAUUCCACCAACACAAGCUCAGAAACAUAGCGAAAUUCCUUUCCCAGAUUUCUGGGUUCCAGUUGAAGGAAAGUGCUUGUUCAAUGUUGAGAUUAGAACCAAAACUUCCACCAAAGUGGUUGCAGCUGGGCACUUGGUUUCAUGGGCUCAGCAUGAAAUUCCCCUGGAAAAUUAUGCCAAAGACCAAGUUUUGAGACAUGCUGCUGUCCAAUAUCCUGUUGAUAACGAAGUUUCGGUUGUUGAAACAGAUGGCGAGGUCAAAAUUCAAAACUUGAAUUCUCUGCUUGUGUUCGACAAAAUCAAUGGUAAAAUCAAGACCUGGUCAGUUAAUUCCAAAUCGAUUAUUAUUGAUGGUGAAAACAACUUGACCUUCUGGAGACCUGAAACCAACAAUGACCAGGCCAACGAUGGCCCAUACUGGAAAAGAUUUGGCUUAGACAGAAUGAUGACUCGAGUGAUUGAUAUCAACGUUAAGCCCGGUGAUAAUCUCACUAUUUGUACUAUUGAGGUAGUUUCUGCAAUUGGUCCACCGGUUUUGGCAUGGAGGUUUGAGUGUCUGCAAACAUACAUUGUGAGUCCUAAUAGGAUUGAGCUUAAGACAUCGUUGGUUCCCAAAGCCUUUGAUGAAACUUGUUAUCCCCAAUACUUACCAAGAUUAGGGUACCAAUUUGGAAUCAACAAAGGCUUGGGAAGUACGGUUUCAUGGUUCGGACGGGGUCCUGGUGAAAGCUAUAUUGAUAAGAAAGAAUCUCAAAGAGUAGAUAUCCAUAGAAGCAAGUUUGAAGAACUUGACUAUAACUACGACGUCCCCCAAGAAAAUGGCAACCAUGAAGACACUGAAUGGCUUAACUUAGAGACCAGUGAUCAAUCUGGUUUAAUAGUCACCAUGAAGAACAGAAGAUUUGGAUUCAAGUGUUCAACAGAGUACGGAGUUCAAGAAGCUUCCCACCCACAAGAUAUCAAGCACGGUAACAAAUAUGUUCGUAUUGACUAUAAACAACAGGGUCUUGGAUCUGAUAUCUGUGGACCUGGAGUUUUAGAUCAAGACCGGGUUUUGAUGAAACUGAGUUCCAAGUACGAAUUUGAGAUUGAAUUAUUUUUGAAAAAUUAGCUAGUGUAAUACAAGUAUGAAAUUA